AACAGAAAUAGGGAUUUCUAAAAGAUAGAGGCUGAGACUCCUAUAAAUACAACAGAGGGGCUCACGGUUCCGUUCCGUUCCGUAAAUUUAUCUUCUCCUUCCUCAUCUUUGCGAGCUGACUUAUUAAAAAGAAGAAAGAAAAAAAAGAAAAAAAGAAAAGAAGAGACAGAUCUGACGUAGAGCUCCAGAUCUACUCCUUCCUCGCUCUUUGCUAGCACAGCGGCCACCCAUAAGAUCUUCGUGAUGGCCAAAGGGGUGACAUUCGAUUUUCAGCCCGAAAAGUGUGUAACAAACGAGCAGCAAGUUGACCGGAUUAGCCAGCUUCCAAAUGAAAUUCUUGUUGAUAUCCUUUCUUUGCUGACGCUUGAAGAUGCUGCCAAGACUAGUGUUUUGUCAAAACGUUGGAUAGAUCUUUGGCUGAAUGUGGAUAAACUCGAUUUUGACUCUAAAAAACUGUGGAAAGGUUUGGAAGAUGAGGAUGCGCCAGACUACCUAAGAUUUUAUGCGAGUAAUUCUCGUAAGUAUGUUGAAUGGGUUAACAAGGUGGUGCAAUCGCACAAGGCUACAACUUUGGAUGCAUUCAGAAUUCGCUUUGAUCUUACUAGUUCCUUCAAAACUGAUAUUGAUAAUUGGGUUCAUUUUGCGUAUGCAAGGAGAGUGCACAUGCUAGAUUUGGAUUUCUCGGGAUAUGAUGGAGUAGGUUACUGCAUUGUUUAUAAUUUUCCUAAUGACCUUCUUGGCCUGAGUUUUGUGAAUUCUUCUGCUCCACCUCUUUCGAAUUCCUAUGGGAAUGAUAUCAACUCUGGUGCAACAUCUUUUGGCUUCAAGUCUCUGAGGACAUUGGCGUUUAAUUCUGUGGGCAUGUCUGGUGAAGUUCUUGAAUUCUUCUUGCAUAAUUGUCCUUUUCUGGAGUCUUUGCGAGUGGAAUUAUCUGACAAAUUGGAAAAUUUUAGAGUUUGUGGCCCAUCUCUUGCAUUGAAACACCUUGAGAUAAUGGAUUGCUUCCAUUGUUCCAUCACUGUUUGCAAUACCAAUAUUGUUUCACUUAAAACCACCCAAGGUCAGGCUUUGGUGCUUCAAAAUGUUCCAAUGCUUGUGGAUGUUGAAAUUGGUGGUUUUGGGAUAGAUGCAGAUGCAAACUUGGUUGCUCGUGCUAUUUCUUGGCUUUCAUGCUGCAUUUCAAAAUUGGAGAUUCUUUCCUUAAGAAUAAAGUACUCCCAGAGACACAUGGUUAAAGAUUUAAAUGCAGCUCUUCCUCAAUUAACUCAGUUGAAGCUAUUAACAUUUCAUGCGAUUCGUGCAAGAAAGGGCACGAGCCUGAUUAAAUUUACUUCUCUAAUAAAGGCAUCUCCUAACUUGGAGAAGUUUGUGAUGAAGACUUUGUGGUGCGACGAUGACGAGCAUAACGAUGACGAGGGGUGCGAUGAUGACGGGCGUGAUGAUGACGAGGGGUACGAUGAUGACGAGCGUGACGAUGACGAAGGGUACAAUGAUGACGAGCGUGACGAUACAUGCAUAGAACCCUUUAAACAUCUUAAAGUUGUAGAAUUUUGGGGAUACUGUGGAAGUAGAACAGAAAUUGAAUUCGUUGAGUAUUUUGUAGAGAAGGGGUAUAACUUGGAGAGAUUAGUUAUUGAUUCUCGGGAAUUAUCGGAAAAAGGUCUUCCCGGUGAUAGUUUGGAGAUGGAUGCAGCUCGCAAAAACCGUGCCAAAACUGCCAAGAUACAACUUAAUCGAUUGCUGCCUCAAAGUGUUGAAUUGGUGAUUAUUUAGUUGGUGGAGAAUAAUCAUCAUCAUACCAAGAAUGAAGUUUUGAUAUUUCUAGGAAUUGAAUAAUAGGUCACUGAUUAGGACGAUAUGUUUUCUGGUAUUAAACUUGGAUUCGAUUCUCAAGAGUAUGUAAGAGAGGUUUUCAGUUAUAUUUAAGGGGAGUCCAUGUUAAUAUUUGUGGUAUUAAGAGCAUUUCCAACGAAUAUAUUAAAACAUUAUAUUUGGUGAUUUAGUGUAAAAUUUGUCUUCUAAGGAAGACACUAAAUUAGUGUAUUAUUUUGGUGCAAUUAUUAAAGUUACAUCAAAUUUCUACCAUCUGCACUAUCUUUGUACACUAUUUUAAUCAACUUUUAAUAUAUUUUCACUUUAGGUCAUCUUGAGUAAACUUCAAAAUAAGUCAUCUGUCUUUAAUAUAUUUUCGCUCUAGGUUAUCAAUUAAAUUUAUUUGUAAC